CACAUUUUUGUCUUGCUUGGCAAGCUAACCAGACCUUUCCCCUCAAUGCUCAACACCACAUUUACAAUCAGAUAUAGCUAGCUGACGUUACAUGUGAUUCUGUCAUUUCAAAUUAUCUUAGCUAUGUUGAUGGUUUGCUAAUCAAGUGUAUAUUUUGGGCACAUUUGGAAUACAAUGCCAUCUUCGAUGGAAGGAUCUUCUAGAGAAGGUGACCUGUUUACUGUGAAACAUGAGCUGAAAAAUGCCAACCUGACCGGCCACAUAGAGAGGGUGGGCAUCGAGAACUUUGAGCUGCUAAAGGUCCUGGGAACUGGAGCCUAUGGCAAGGUGUUCCUGGUGCGCAAAGUGAGCGGUCACAAUGCAGGGCAACUAUACGCCAUGAAGGUGUUGAAGAAGGCCACAAUAAUACAGAAGGCCAAGACAGCAGAGCACACACGCACAGAGAGACAGGUUCUGGAACACAUCAGGCAGUCACCGUUCCUCGUUACCCUCCACUACGCCUUCCAGACGGACACCAAGCUGCACCUCAUUCUAGAUUAUGUGAACGGUGGGGAGCUCUUCACACACCUGGUGCAGAGGGUUCGGUUCAAGGAGCAGGAGGUAGCUUUGUACAGUGGAGAGAUGGUGCUGGCACUGGAGCACCUACACCAGCUGGGGAUAGUCUACAGAGACCUGAAGCUGGAGAACAUCCUCAUGGACUCCAGCGGGCACAUAGUGCUCACAGACUUUGGCCUGAGCAAAGAGUUUGAUGAGUUGGAGAGGGCUUACUCUGUCUGUGGCACCAUUGAGUACAUGGCCCCAGAGAUCGCAGCGGGAGGAGAGGCAGGACAUGACAUGGCAGUAGACUGGUGGAGCCUUGGGGUAUUGAUGUAUGAACUUAUGACAGGCGGAUCACCAUUCACCGUCGAUGGAGACGACAACUCUCACACAGAUAUUGCCAAGAGGAUCUCAAAGAAGGACCCUCCGUUCCCCAAAGACAUGGGCCCUCUGGCCAAAGACCUCAUCCAGGGCCUCCUCAUCAAAGACCCAAAGAAGAGACUGGGCUCUGGGCCUGACGGAGCAGAAAACGUUAAGAAACAUCCAUUCUACCAGAAGAUUAACUGGGAGGACUUAGCAGCUAAGAGGGUGCCCGCCCCGUUCAAGCCGGUGAUCAGGGAUGAGCUAGAUGUCAGCAACUUUGCGGAGGAGUUCACUGAAAUGGACCCCACCUACUCCCCUGCAGCUCUGCCUCAGAACUGUGAUCGCAUCUUUCAGGGCUACUCGUUCAUGGCCCCCUCCAUCCUGUUCAAGUGGAACGCUGUAAUGGACGACACUCUACAGCUGUGUGGAGGAUCAGGGUCACAGAGGCCGGGGUCUGCUGCUGUGGCCCGCAGCGCCAUGAUGAAGGACUCUCCGUUCUAUAUGAACUAUGAGAUGAACCUGAAGGACAAUGCUCUGGGCGAGGGCAGCUUCUCCAUCUGUAGGCAGUGCACCCACAAGAAGACUGGCCAGAAGUACGCUGUGAAAAUCGUCAGCAAGAGGAUGGAGGCCCAGACACAGAAAGAGAUUGCAGCUCUGAAGCUCUGCGACGGCCACCCCAACAUCGUCAAGACUCACGAGAUUUACCAUGAUCAGCUGCAUACGUACCUGGUGUUGGAGCUGCUGCGUGGUGGAGAGCUGCUGGAGAGGAUACGGAGGAAGCAGCACUUCAGUGAGACUGAGGCGAGCCGCAUCAUGAGGAGACUGGUGUCAGCCGUCAGCCACAUGCACGAUGUAGGAGUGGUGCACAGGGACCUCAAGCCAGAGAACUUGCUGUUCACAGAUGAGAGUGAGAACUCUGAGAUAAAGAUCAUAGACUUUGGCUUCGCCCGGCUGAAGCCCCCAGACAACCAGCUGCUGAAGACGCCGUGUUUCACCCUGGCCUACGCCGCGCCGGAGAUCCUCAAAUACGACGGCUACGACGAGUCAUGUGACCUCUGGAGCCUGGGCGUCAUCCUGUACACCAUGCUGUCGGGUCAGGUGCCAUUCCAGUGUCAGGGGAAGAGUUUGACCCACACCAGCGCUGAAGAGAUCAUGAGGAAGAUUAAACAGGGAGACUUCUCCUUCGAGGGCGAGGCCUGGAGGAGUGUCUCGCAGCAGGCCAAGGACCUUAUACAAGAGCUGCUGACAGUGGACCCUGACAAGCGGAUCAAGAUGUGUGGUCUGAGGUACAACGCCUGGCUCCAAGACGACAGCCAGCUCUCCUCCAACCCUCUGAUGACACCAGACAUCCUGGGCUCCUCCACCACCGUGUCCGUACACACCUACGUCAAGGCUACCUUCAACGCGUUCAACAAGUGUAAGCGGGAGGGUUUCCGUCUGCAGACGGUGGACAAGGCCCCGCUGGCCAAGAGGAGGAAGAUGAAGAAGACCAGCACCAGCACAGAGACCAGGAGCAGCUCCGGUGAGAGCACCCACUCCUCUUCCUCCUCCUCCCAGUCCCACCAGGACACCCACUCCUCUUCCUCCUCCUCCCAGACCCACCAGGACACCCACUCCUCUUCCUCCUCCUCCCAGACCCACCAGGACACCCACUCCUCUUCCUCCUCCUCCCAGACCCACCAGGACACCCACUCCUCUUCCUCCCAGACCCACCAGGUGAAGACGGGUGGAGACCCCAACCCUUCCCCCCAGCCCUCCAACACCACCCCUGUCACGACGCCCCUCGCCCUGGGCUCAGACAGCGACCCUGCCCCGGAACGCCCGCGCCCUCCAGCCUUCCACUUCUCACAAUGAGAGACAGGCGGUGUAUUAAAAGGGGAUCAGCCUGAGCACGGCUGAUUCGCUAAUCUUAAUUCGUAGGUCAGUCUUUCUGUGCGGUCACAUGCGGUCGAUCUCAAAACGCACUGAGGGGAAAGAAGGCAGGGAGAAGGCCUGCGCCGUCAGAAAGAUGGUUGGACGGACGGCAGGGAGAACCCUCUAUUGUUCUCUCCCUCUCUUGCUCUCCUUCCAUGGCAGCUCGCAGUCAAUCAGUCACACGCAUGGACAGCAAGCGCGCGCACGCCUCAAACUGAGCAUGCAGUGGGAGCAGGAACCACCUCUCGGUCAUUGCUAGCAGUAGACACACGCCAAAUGAUAAGGGCUCCUCUAUGGAUUCAGGGCUAGACAGCGGUGAGAACCCUCUACAACCACAACUCUGUUUCAGUCAUGUCUUUUUGUUUGUUGGUUUGUUGGUUUGUCAGGUUUAGUAGAUGGUCGUCCUGGUUGUGUUUCUUGGUCUCUUUUUAUGCUGGCAUGUUGCGUUAUUAAAAAAAUGGGCCGCUAAGCCACAAGUACUGCAGCUUCUCACGUUGGGGUGAACCUCGAGUUUUUAAAGCGGAGCACAUAUAUUUAGCAGGAUUUUAUGUAUGACAAUAAUGCAGACCGAAAUUCUUUCUUCUUUUUGUGUUAACUUAUUAAUGGUUCACAGAUGUUUGUGAUAGAUGGAAAAGCUCAGACCACCAACCUGAGAUCUAGAACCCCCCCCAUGAGAUCUAGAACCCCCCCCCCCCCUGAGAUCUAGAACCCCCCCCCUGAGAUCUAGACCCAGUGUCAUCUCAUUGCAAAACGUUUCAAUGGCAGGUUGAUGUUAUGUUUCAGGUCUAUUCAGUGUUUUGUUGUGGACGACAAAUAGUAGGGUAGGAUCCUCAUAUACAUCAACUUGUCUUGAAGGUGGCAGGGGAGUUACAAGUACUGUGCCAAAAACCUCUGCCUUUUCUACAUUAGAUGCUGUCUCCUGCCCUUGUGUCUGUCUGUGUUUGUCUGUCUGUCUCUAAAGUUUUAGAACAGCUACUCAUUCAAGUGUUUUUCUUUUGACAAAUUUCUACAUUGUAGAAUAAUAGUGAAGACAUCAAAACUAUGAAAUAACACACAUGGUAUCAUGUAGUAACCAAAAAAGUGUUCCAAAAAUCAAAAUAGUUUUUAUAUUGGCGAUUCAGCCACCCUUUGCCUUUGACAGCUUUGCACACUUGGCAGUCUCAACCAGCUUCAUGAGGUAGUCACCUGGAAUGCAUUUCAAUUAACAGGUGUGCCUUAAAAGUUAAUUUGUGGAAUUUAUUUCCU